AUGCUUGCUGAAGCUGCAUUGAACUGUACAGCUAUACAAAUUCGUCUACUAUUCGCUAUAGUGUUGACUACAUGUUUCCCAGCCCGAGCACAGAUAUUAUGGGAAAAUCACAAAGAUUCAAUGACUGAUGAUAUAUUGCAUCAACAUCGUAUACGGUGCCACGAUCUAACCAUAACAUUCAGCGACGAAAUGUACAAUGAAGCAUUGAUUGCUAUUGAGGAUCUUUGCAUUGUCAUUGCCAACUUACCACUUAGUAAUUUCGGUAUGAAUUCGCCAAAUCGAACUGCAUCUGAUUUAAUGAAUACUGAAAUGAAUCGUGAACUGCAGUACAGUACUGUAGAAAUGGCAGCGAUUGUUGCCCGCAAUGUCCCACUAAUGAAUGAGGAACAAAGAACCAUUUAUGAUCGCAUUAUGCUCGCAGUUUCAGCUGGACAAGGUGGGUUCUUCUUUUUGGAUGCACCGGGUGGAACUGGCAAAACAUUCGUUAUUUCGCUAAUUCUUGCUGAAAUACGAUCAAAUAAUGGCAUCGCAUUGGCCGUUGCAUCAUCGGGCAUUGCAGCAACUUUAUUGGAUGGAGGUAGAACAGCUCAUUCAGUAUUUAAGCUGCCACUAAAUAUUCAGAAUAACCCUGACGCAGUAUGCAACAUUAAGAAACAAUCGUCCAUGGCCACUGUGCUGAAACGGUGUAAAAUUAUUAUUUGGGAUGAAUGUACUAUGGCACACAAACAUUCACUUGAGGCGUUGAACAGGACAUUGAAAGAUAUUAAAAACAGUGACAAACUAUUUGGCGGAACUCUGUUGGUCCUUUCAGGUGAUUUCAGACAAACACUUCCAGUCAUUCCACGUUCAACAUACGCUGAUGAGAUCAACGCUUGCUUAAAAUCAUCUCCAUUGUGGCGAUUAGAAUCAUGA